AUGGAGCGCCCAAGAACGCCGCCAAAGCCACACCCUCCUUCAGCAUCGAAACAAGCACCAUCUCCACCAACACCCGAAGUCACCCGUCGCUUAGAGGAGUCCAGGCUUCGCGCCAAAGCCCUUCGCGACCGUCGUGAAGCAGAGCAACAAGCGGGAAACGACAAUACCCAAUCGACGGGCUCAGCCGGGGGAACCAAGCGACCGUACGCAUCGAUAUCACGAGCCGAGAUUCCCGCCUCAAACCGCGAUGCGCGCGCAACUCCCAGUUCGGGCCCCAACGCCGGGCCCAGCGCCCCGCGGCCAGGACAAGGCGCUGGAGCUGCCGACGACCUACGACCGAUCUCGCGCAAGUUUACCAAGUACGUCGACUACAACUUCAGCGCCAUGACGGACACGAAGGGCGGCUUUCUCAGCACGGAGGAUGACCCAUGGAACAAGAGCAUGUCGGUUCCUACGACUGGCGGGAAAGGACCACCCGGGGCCGCCGAGCAAAAGCCGGCGCACAUGACGGCAGCAGAAUGGGAGCGGAUGCAGCUAAUAAAGAAGCUGCAGCGUAAUAAGUCUGGUCCGUUUGAGCCGUCGCUGAGCGUGUUGGCCGACGAAAAGACAAGGAAGCGGUGCCGCGAGUGUGGGUCAGUAGAGAUUGACUUUGUGUGGGAAGAGGUGUUUGGCUGUGUGGUAUGCAACACCUGCAAGGAAAAGUACCCGGAGAAGUAUAGUCUUCUCACCAAGACGGAGUGUAAGGAGGACUACCUCUUGACAGAUCCUGAACUCAAAGACCCCGAACUGCUCCCGCACAUAUCCAAGCCCAACCCACACAAAUCGCACUGGCACGACAUGAUGCUAUUUCUGAGGUACCAAGUGGAGGAAUAUGCCUUCAAGCACAAGUGGGGCUCACCUGAGGCAUUGGAUGCUGAGUUUGAGAAGCGUGAGGCCGACAAGAAGCGCCGCAAAGAGGCCAAGUUCAAGGAGAAGCUGCUCGACCUGAAGCGCAAGACGAGGACGGACGCCUUUCGAAGAAACAAUGCCAAGUCGGGGAUUUCUGGGGGGGUAGGCGGGGGUUCUGGGACUGGGAAGGCGGCCAAGUUUGGAGAUGCUAUUGGCGGUGCUGGAAAACAUGUUCACGAAUGGGGGCGAACAGUUGAGAACGAGCAUGGCAUGACAGUCAAAACCUGCCUGACGUGCAAUAUGGAGGUCGAAGAGCUAGAAUUUUGA